GAAGCCGGAAGCGAAUGGCGGCGGGGUCAGAGGAGGAAACGCAGGAGCAGCUGGGGAGAAUAGGCGCGCGCGCACACAAACAAAAUGCGGUCGGGGCGGCCGGUGUGAGGAGCGCGAGCUGAGCGAUCCGGAGAGCGCGGACAGGGGGAGAGCGGGGAGAGGAGAGCGCGGAGGGGAGAGCGGGAGGAUGAGGGAGACUCGGGGCUGCGGGAUGCGCUGCUCGGUGGGCUUCCUGGCCCGCAGGGUGAUGAGCGGCCGCCCGCUGCUGAAGGAGGAUUUCCAGCGGCGCAGACUGGCGGCCUGCAGCAGCCUCUACCGCCGCGACCUGCUGGGACACUACGGCUGCGUCAACGCCAUCGAGUUCUCCAACAACGGGGGACAGUGGCUGGUGUCCGGUGGUGAUGACCGGCGUGUGUUAUUGUGGCACAUGGAGAAAUCUCUUCAGUCUCGAGCCAAACCUCUCAAACUGAAGGGGGAGCACUUAUCUAACAUCUUCUGUCUCGCCUUCGACAGCACCAAUACACGCGUCUUCUCCGGGGGAAACGAUGAGCAGGUGAUUCUGCAUGACGUGGAGCGUGGGGAGACGCUGAACGUGUUUCUCCAUGAUGAUGCAGUGUACGGUCUAUCUGUCAGCCCCGUUAAUGAUCAUGUGUUUGCCAGUUCAUCAGACGAUGGGCGUGUCCUCAUCUGGGACACACGGGAACCCCCCCAUGGAGAGCCGUUCUGCUUGGCGAAUUAUCCGUCUGCGUUCCACAGUGUGAUGUUUAACCCCGUGGAGCCACGCCUACUCGCCACAGCCAAUUCUAAAGAGGGUGUCGGCCUGUGGGACAUCCGCAAACCGCGCAGUUCCCUCCUGCGGUAUGGGGGUUCUCUGUCUCUGCAGAGUGCGAUGAGUGUGCGCUUUAACAGUGCAGGGACGCAGCUGCUGGCUCUGCGCAGGCGCCUGCCCCCCGUCCUGUACGAGCUGCACUCUCGCCUGCCUAGCUUCCAGUUUGAUAACCAGGGAUACUUCAACUCCUGCACCAUGAAGAGCUGCUGCUUCGCUGGGGACCGCGACCAGUAUAUCCUGUCUGGCUCUGAUGACUUUAAUCUCUACAUGUGGAAAAUUCCCAAAGACCCAGACUCAGUGGGCAGAGUGGUAAAUGGGGCGUUCAUGGUGUUGAAGGGUCAUCGCUCCAUUGUGAAUCAGGUCCGCUUUAAUCCACACACCUACAUGAUUUGUUCCUCUGGGGUCGAGAAGGUCAUCAAGGUGUGGAGUCCGUACCAUCAGCCGGAGUGUGUGGGCGAUCUGGAGGGUCGGGUGGAGGAUAAGUCUCGUUCUCUCUACACACAUGAGGAGUAUAUCAGUCUGGUGCUGAACAGCGGCAGCGGCCUGUCACAUGACUACGUCAGCCAAUCGGAGCAGGAGGAUCCACGCAUGAUGGCCUUCUUUGAUUCGCUCGUGCGCCGUGAGAUCGAAGGCUGGAGCUCUGACUCGGAUUCUGACCUGAGCGAAGGCGCCAUUCUGCAGCUGCAUGCCAGGGGGCGUGGCCACACCCGCUCCACCAACCACGGAGUCUCCACAAAUCAGUCUCCACCCACCGAAGUGAUCAGCAGUCGGCAGAGCGAUUCGGAUCACUCUUCUUCCUCGUCCUCCUCCUCGUCCUUAUUAUCCGGUCCUGCUUCCGGGAGUGACAGGGCGGAUCCUGAUGCUAUAGGCUCACACAGACGGGGAAGAGCGGGGUCAAGACGAGCAUCCACGUUCCUAUUGGAUGUGGUGAAUGAGGACUCUGAUUCCAGUAGUUUCUGGUUGGACCCCUUGCCCCGUCCACGCUCUCCCAGUCCGCGUGAGAACUCCAGCCUCUCGAGGACCACCAGCCCAAGCUCCUCCCCUAGCACAUCCUCUACCUCCUCAUCCAAUAGUGAUGGAGAAGAGGCGGAGCUUCAGAGGAGCAGAGUGCGACAACGUAAUGCAGCGAGGAAGCAGGGCCGGACACGCUGGUCACGCUUCAACUCCACCCACUCUCUUCAGAGCGCCACGGAUCACAGCAACUACCCCAAAAUAUCUCUUCAUGAUUCAACGUCUCCUUCAUCGUCCGGGGACGAGAGCCGGCCAAUCAGAAGCGGGGGUAAAAAUAAGGGGCAUGGCCUCACUUCUAGCCCCGGCCCUUCUUCAGGAAGCCAUACAGAGACGCACCUACGAGUCAGAGGUCGCUUCACUGAAGCCAUAGAGAGGGCGGAGUCAAGAAUUGAUCAGAGAGAAGAGCUGGGGGCGGGGAAAAGCAGUGAGGACGAAUUGAACAGCUCAGGAGUGUGCGGAAACUCCAGCGCUCAUGAUGAGAGCUGUGUAGACUCGACUCUUCCGGAAUCCUCAGAAGGAGCGGAGCCUGACUCAAACUCGACAGGCUCUAGGACUGGAAAACGGACGCGCUUCGGAUCCGAACCUGAGGAGGAGGAGCCUCCGUCAGAAAAAAAGUUGAAGACGUGAUGUUCUAAGUUAAACUGGCUUCUUAUUGGCUUGUUGAUUUUGUGUGUUUCAUUUACAGCCUGCUGUGUGUUCAGAGGCGGAGCAGCAUAAAAAAAAAAAUCCUUUAUUUCUUUUAGAUGAAUAAGUGUCACGCUCUUCACCUCCAGAAGGGGGCAGCAUUUCAUUUCAGACUUUUAUUUCAAGAAGUUGUGUUUUUAUGAGGUCACUUUCAGUGUAAACUUACUGCCUGCACUCUAAAGGUCUUUAUAGACACAGUGUGAUGUGAAUAAACAUCGUUAAUGUUCACGGUAAAUGUGACGUGUUUAUGCGAGCGUUCCUUAGAAACAGUCGCAUGACAACGGACUCGACGUGUAAUGAGCUGGGGCGUGUUCUUUUACAAAAACGUGGGGGGAAGACCGUUUGGGUCCACCCUGUCCUGAACAGUCAGUGAGAAGGCGACGAGUCUCACUGAGACGGAUAUCAAACUUCACCACGUAGCAAAGUAGCGCUGUGGCCCGUUGCUGGCCACGGCCCGUCUUCAUGGCCGAGCGCCCCUCGUAUUUUCCCCAGACUUUGACUUUAAUGUUAUCGUUAUCAUUUUUGUUGUCCUUGUCAAACAGCGCAGGGAUUUGAGGCACAAGCUGAAUGUGAGACUCCGCCCACCUGCAGCAGGGUGAUGACGUUUCCACAGCCUGUGCCCUGAUUGGUUGAAUGUGUUUCUUUCGCGGAACAGUUAUUACAAAAAUUUAACCUGCUGUGGAAAAAAAUAAAUGUCACUUUUUUGCACAAGGACAUUCAUCUUUGAUGUCUGCGUGUUCAUUUACGAGAUAUUCAUUCAAAAAAAAUAUUUUCAGAUGAAAAAAUUGUAACGACAAAUCAUGACGGAAUGUGUAAAGACCGUAAAAGCGGAACAGGUUUCGAACUAAAUGGCUAAUUUAAAGGAAAACUCCGGAGUGAAAUGCUUUUUAGGUCUAUUUUCGCAUUAUUGGGAGUGCAUGCGCUGGGUU